AAAGUGAAUUGUCGUUUCUGAAACGCUGAAACUACAACUGUCUCACUCUAACUUAUUGCACUAUUUCAGAAUUCUUCGAAAAAGAAUAGGUCUUACGUAUACGUAGCGCUGCAGCGAGUCGGAAUGGCAGAUAUUUUAACUUCUAAAAUCUCGAACUUUGACGCUUAAUAUCUCGAUUCAAGAGGCCAACCGCUGCAUUUUUUUGUCAGAUUCUUUCAUUUUGAGUGAAAACGCGUCGGAUGAGUGUAUUUUCAUUAAGAUUUUAGAUAUGUUUGGGAAAGAAGCUAUUAAGCUCAUAACGGAGCUCGAUAUGCAUGAAGAUAUUCGACCAUUUAAUGAACAGGUGAUGCGACAAGUUUUUGAAGAGAUGCAAACACUUUAUGAAGCCAAUUUGAUGGACAGGUAUAACUUUCCGAAAUGUUGUUUCAGCAAUGUAAUACAGAACGAAAGAAACAAUGCGUUGUUACCGUCGGUACAUUUUCGCCAUACGGCUCUGCUCAGGAAUAAAAGAUGCAUAUUGGCGUACUUAUAUCAUCGGAUCAGACGAUUACGGCAGAUGCGCUGGGAAUUGGGCAGCAUUCUACCAACCGAGAUAACCGCUAACUUAUUGAAUGCAGAGAUGCAAUGGUUUCAGAACUAUAAUAAAUCUCUGGCCACCUACAUGAGAUCAAUAGGCGAUGAUCAUGGAUUAAAUCUGACUGUGAAUAUGAGUCCUCCAAAGACACUAUAUGUUGAGGUGAAGUGUCUAAGUGAUUUCGGUAAACUAGAACUCGAUGAUGGUGAGGUUAUUACAUUAAAAAAAAAUACAUAUCAUCUGUUACCAAGAGCUACAUGCGAACCACUUAUCAGACAAGGCAUACUCGAACACCAUAAUGCAUAAUAAUUAAAAACAGUUUCUCCCUAUUUCUAUCAUUUCUUUUACACAUUUAUAUUGUAUAUUUUAGUGCUGCAAACACUAUCAUCACUGUGUGUGCAACUCAACGUAAAAAUAAACACAUGCACGCGCGAUUAUCAGA